CAUUGGAGAUUCCAACAUGGCAGUAGCUCGGCAGGUUCCGAUGCUGUCAGUGGGAAAAUAUUCACUUUUGUACCUAAACGUGUGUCUCUUAUUUUUGCUCAGAGGAAUAUGUGUUCAAGGAAACAUCAAUUCGGAUGAUUCGAGCUCUGGAAGCUUCUCAAAGACUCAGAAACCAACUGUGAUGAUUAGUAUACUAGCGCGCAACAAGGCUCACGCCUUACCGCAUUUCUUAGGACAUUUGGAAGAUUUGGAUUAUCCCAAGGAUAGAAUAGCUCUGUGGAUAAGAACAGAUCACAAUGUGGAUAAAACCGCAGAAAUGUUGCGAGAGUGGCUGCAGCACAUUUAUUCACAGUAUCACUCUGUGGACUUCAAGGCAGAUGACGAUGACAAUGUGCAAACAGGGUUUCCUGAUGCCCAGGGGCCGCUGGAGUGGUCAGCACAGAGAUUUACCCAUGUCAUGAAGCUCAGGCAGGAAAGUUUAGAAAAAGCUAGGAAAAUAUGGGCAGAUUAUAUUUUUUUUGUAGAUGCAGACAAUAUUUUACAGAACAAUCAGACUUUAUCUGUUUUGACCUCAUAUUCACAAACUGUUGUUGCUCCAAUGCUGAAUUCCUCGUCCCAGUACUCCAAUUUCUGGGGUGGCAUGGAUGAAACGGGCUAUUAUAAGCGAACGCCUGAAUAUGGGCCUAUUCGGAUGCGCCAGAUGAGGGGACUCUAUAAAGUUGCUCUAGUACAUUCCACAUUUAUUAUUAACUUGCGAAAUGAAGAUUCCCAGCAUCUCGCCUUUUAUCCACCUCCUGAGGGUUAUGAGGGUCCUUAUGAUGAUGUCAUCAUAUUUGCGGCAAUUGCCAAUAGAGCAAGAGUUCCCAUGUAUAUUGAAAAUGUCAACUUUUAUGGCAGUCUCAAUGCACCUCUAGAUGCUCACAACACUCUAGAAGAAGAAACCGAGUUAUUUAUUUUCCUCAAACUGGAAGCUAUGGUGGAAGGAGUACCAUUUCUCCACACUAAACAUCUUCCUAAAAAACAUCCACCCCAAGAAAUGUUGGGCUUUGACCAGAUAUACAUGAUCAAUUUAGUGAGAAGACCAGAGAGGCGGGAGAGGAUGGUGGCGUCGUUGGAUGAGUUGGGUCUCAAGGUUAAGAUUGUUGAUGCUGUGGAUGGAAAGGAGUUAAAUCAAACAUACCUCGACUCUCUUGGAGUUUCAAUGUUGGAAGGGUUUCUAGAACCUUAUCAUAAAAGGCCACUUACCAUGGGAGAGAUUGGGUGUUUCCUCAGCCACUAUUUCAUUUGGGAAGAUGCAGCAAAAAACAAUUACCAGAAAGUCCUUGUGUUUGAGGAUGAUGUGAGAUUUGAGCCAUUCUUUGUCACAAAGCUGCAGUCUUUACUUAAAGAAAUUGAAGACAAUAAACUGGAAUGGGAAUUAAUCUACCUGGGUAGAAAACGGAUGUGGCAUGCUGAUGAACCGCCAGUGGAUGGUUUCCAGAGUUUAGUAUGGGCAGAUUAUUCCUACUGGACACUCAGUUAUAUGGUUUCUCAACAGGGGGUCAAGAAACUGCUGGACCAGAAACCACUAGGAAAGAUGUUACCUGUGGAUGAAUACAUCCCCAUUAUGUUUGACAGACAUCCAGAGGAAAAAUGGAAGAAUCAGUUUUCACCAAGGAACCUCAAAGGAAUGUCCACAUCUCCUUUGUUAGUUUUCCCCACACACUAUACAGGGGAAAAUAACUAUAUAUCGGACACAGAAGACUCUCAUGUGAUCAGUGAAGAACAAGAUCAUUCAAAUGAGGAUUUAGAAGGCAAACCAGAGGGACCAAGGUUACCCAACAUUCUGGGACCGGAUACAAGAGAUGAAUUAUAGUGAAGAUUCAGUGUAUGUGGUUCCAUCUCACACAGCUAUUAGAAUUUUUUUUUUCUUUUUAAGAAUCUCCUUAAGUAUACUUUUUUUUCCACAGGUCAAAGACUCCGAGAUAACUACUCAUUUAGUUUUCAUUUUAUAUCAGUUUGAAAUAUUUUUAGGUUUAGAUAUCAUUCAUGAAAUGUUUGGAAUUUUUAUUGGAAAUGUCAUCUUAGAAUUUCAAAAUUUCAGCACAAUUUCAGUUUAAUUAGAUUCAAGCAAAAUGGUAUUAUUAACCUUUUGUCACAUGAUAUAAUUGUUUUAUUUUUAAUGCACAUUUUAAGGCAAUGCAAAUGUACAUAACUGUAUGAUUAAUUAGUUGUUUAGACUGUAUAUCAGUGCAAUUUAGUCGAUACCAGUGUCAUAGCAUUGAAAGUGAUGGUACCUAUAACAUUUUCAGCUUACUUGGGCUUCCUAGAUACAAGUGUCUACCGAGAAAAAAAUUAAAUUUUUUUCUAAUUUGUCAGCUUUCAUGAGUAUUGCAUGAUUGAAUACAAAUUAUACUUGCCCAACAGGAAAAUAUUACAUAUUAAUUUGUUUAAGUGACAUUACUUUGUUUUUAGAAAAGUGUACUAGAUUUUUUUUUUCAAAUAAAUUGUGGUAACUUUUGUAAAUAAUAAUAUGAAAGUUCCCAGUAUGGCAUUUGUCAUUACUUUUUGUCUUACAAAAUACUGAAAGAAAGUAGUUAGAAUAGUUGAGGUUGUUUUAUGGAUUUUUAUUUAUGAAAUUGCAAUCAAUAAAUUCUCACACAGACUCCAUUCUCAAAGUUAUAUGUGGAAUAUUGGAUCAGAAAAGUUAUCAAUCAGGUAUAAUAUAUUGUGAUGUCUCUUUCUUUUGGGUAGCAUGUUUAUGGUGAGAUUUUUUUGUGUUAUGUGAUCAUGGCCUUUUUAUUCAUUCUUUCUUUUUCUGGGGUCCUCUUAACCCCACUAUGCUUAUUAUAAGAUAUUGAUUGUGAGCCUAUCUAUCAAAGUUUUGUGUAGAAAUCCUCCCCUAGCUUUAUAUGUGUCCAGCAAAUAAAUACAACAUACUUUUAGUGUGUUUCCAUGUUCCAAAGCCUGAUAUAGAUUUAAACUAAUGUAGACUAUGUAUAAUUAUGUAAAUUAUGCAGACUGAUAUUUUAAGAGAAAGAGGUUUCUUUCCUUACAUCUUGAUGAGAUACUAUUUAGGUUGAGAUUUAUAAAAUCAAAAGAAAACUCUAAUCUAGAGUAGAAAUAUGUGAAACUGAUUACAUUUAGAUAUAAACAUAAAACGUCAAUAAUUUUUUACAGGGGCACACUCCCACGUUUAUUUGUAACAGUAAGAGGUUCUGCAGUACUCAAAAUGGAGUCCAUUUACUAAAGUGGUUAGUUAUUUGUUAUAAUUGUUUGUGUUUUGCAGCUCUGAGGGGUUAUUUUUCUGCAAUAUGGCAAUCAUUAGGAAAUUAUUUUUUGGGUUAUUUGUUUAAAGUGUGUUUGGAAAAAUGCUAUGGCGCACACAGGAAUGCGCAGGCACAUGCAGAUGUUAAUAUAUAUUCGUAGCAGGGUGUGCAGUACUCGAGUGGAGUCCAUUUAUUUAGAGUAACUUGUAAGUCAGGUCAUUAAUUUUUCAGCUUGGGAGGUUUUAUUUUUAUGCAGUAUUGCAAUAAUUAGGGAAUGGUUUGGGGGCUUUGGCAAAAUGCUAGGAAUUGAAUUUGUCUGCUUUGUUUGUUCUGUCUAUGUAGAUUUUGCAUAGGGAAUUCACGUUUAGGUAAUAUAGCAAACUGUACAGCAUUACUUUUAAAGUUUAUAAAUCGAAUGCAACUGAACUUUGACUGUGAAAAUGUAUGAAUGUGUGUAAGUGCUUAGUUAUGUGAUAUUGUCGGAAGAUUGCUUUGUAGAUAUCAAGCUUUUUGUUCUGAACAUUAGGUGAUUUGUAAAGUAAAUUUACUCUGUACAAAACUUUUUUCCAUUGUAAAAAUACUCCAACCAAAAGUUACUUCAGUUAUGACAGAAUGAUUGCUAGACACAUUCACUUUGAUUUUUAGCCUUGUUUUCAUUAGAAUCUUCUAUACAACAAUUAUCAAACAAUAAAAAAAUACUCCAAAUGUUACUUUGACAGAAGAUAAGUUGGUAUGUGGCUGAAGUUAUGUUUGUGCAAAAAAGUCUAAAUUUGUCAUUAUAAAAGCAAUAAACAUAGGUUUAAAAUAUUUUAGCUUGUAGUUUGGUCAGAAAAACUAUGUAUAUGACUGUAUGAGAGUGUGGUUGAGGGUAUGGGAAGUUGUGAUAUUAGACUAGUAAAUAUAGUUGUUGUUUUUUUGUUUUUUUUUCAAUCAUUAGCUUUCGAAUUAGAAUAGUUACAUAAUUUUAGUGGUCAGAAUCAUGACAAGCAUUGUUAGAAUUUGGGUUUAAAGAAAAAGCCAGAAUAAAGCACAGUCUUGUGCUUAAGAAUAAA